CGACCAGAUUGGGCAGAGACAAGCAUAACCUAUAUUCCGAGCAAGAGCGCGGAAUUCUCCUUGGACGAGAAUAUGUUUCUGGUACAGUACGACAGGAGAACAUGUGAUCGAACAAUGAACAUGGUCGCGGAUCGAACGUGCAAGGGCUCCCUGUUGAGCCACCACAUCCGAAUUACGGGUCACUGUCGCGAGCGCGUUGUCAGCAAGGUCGCGGCCGGUUAAGGAGGCUUCCAAGCCAUAUCGACGCCUCUCGCACCACCAAGGGUAUGGGCCCCCGACUGUGGACUACACCACUGGUAGCGCUGACCGGAACACUCGUGCUGUCACCGCCGAGGAUGAGAAGGGUCCCGGGCUUCAACACGCAUCCUAUCCAGGCCGGCCGACCAAGCAAACCGUCAACCCACGAAAGCGACGACGGAGCGUCGCUGUCCGCACCGCCGAGGGAGUCAGCCCUCGGUUGUGGACUACACCACUUGGUAGCAGGUCGAGAAGCACUGCACAACAGAGAGCCUGAGCACCCUGUUGGCCCCUCCUCGACUUACCGGUGACGGCGGUCGCCCACGACCCCGAGGGGAAGGGCGACCUGGCUUCUGGAGAGAAAGGCAAGGAUACCUCUGCUUUUUAUACGCGGACGUGCACAGCUCGCCGACGAUACAGCAGCACGGAGAGACUCGGAGUUCAGAAAUCAUGAGAUGAUGACGGACCUUGCCUCAAACACGACCUUUGGGGAGGGGAAUCGAGCGCUAGGUUGUUUUCCUGUAUUUGUGCUAGUGUGCCCAAGGGGUAGUUUCACGU